GUUGCCAUCGAUGCAUCGCGUAAGCUGGUGGAGAGCGAGUACGGAAAGGAGUACUUGCCUGAGAAGCCUCGCAUGUACUCCUCGAAAGUGAAGAAUGCUCAGGAGGCUCACGAAGCAAUUCGACCAGCGGGUAACGAAUUCCGCAAACCUGAUUCCCUGAAAAAAGAAUUGAAUGACGAACAGUUCAAACUGUUCGAGCUGAUUUGGAAACGAACGGUUGCCUGUCAGAUGGCAGACGCUCGGGGGCAUCGCAUCUCUAUCAACAUUGGCGGUGGAGAAGCAGUCUUCUAUGUCAGCGGAAAGACGAUUGACUUUCCUGGCUUUCUUCGUGCUUACGUCGAAGGCUCUGACGAUCCUCAGGCAGAACUUGCCGACCGAGAAACGCUGCUGCCGACGGUUACUAUUGGUCAAAGCGUUGAUGCGAAGGAAUUCGACCCUAAGAGCCACACAACCCAGCCUCCGGCACGGUUCAGCGAAGCUUCGCUAACACGUAGUUUGGAAGAAAUGGGAAUUGGCCGCCCGAGUACGUACGCAUCGAUUAUCGACACGAUUUUGCGUCGUGAGUACGUGUUCAAAAAAGGGAAUGCACUUGUCCCAACAUGGACUUCAUUUGCGGUAGUUGGACUGCUUGAAGCCCAUCUCGCAAAACUGGUCGACUACGAUUUCACGGCGAAGAUGGAGGACGAUCUCGACAGCAUUAGCCGCGGUGAAGCAGACGCGAGCGAUUACCUCAGCAAGUUCUAUUUCGGCGUCGAAAAUCAUGGCCUCAAGCAGGUCAUCGAAGAACGCAUUAAAGACGUCGACGCUCGUAGCGUGAACUCGAUUCCGCUCGGGGCACCUCAGGAAGGGGAGCAUCGUGACGAAGUCUUUGUUCGCGUCGGUCGUUAUGGGCCCUACGUCGAGCAAGGGGAGCGUCGUGGAUCGAUUCCGGAUGAAUUGCCUCCAGAUGAAAUCGACCUGACGAGGGCGAUGGAAAUCCUCGAGCA